AUGUCCCAUGUUGGCUACUUGUGUGGACUGUCUAUAGCUAUCCCAGGUGAGAUACGGGGCUACCAGAUGGCACACCAACGUCAUGGCAGGUUACCAUGGAAACAGCUUUUCCAACCUAGUAUUGAACUGGCGAAGAACGGGUUCCCAAUCAGCAAGGCUCUGGCAAAAGCCAUCAUCGAAACCAAGACAGAAAUCGAGGAAGACAUUUCCCUAUGUGAAGUAUUUUGUAACUCGGAGGGAAAAAUCCUGAAGAAAAAUGACAAAAUUGCAUUUCCGAAGCUAGCAGAAACCUACAGAAUUAUAGCCGAGGAAGGCCCUGACGCUUUUUACAGUGGAUCUCUGGCACAGCAGAUAGUCAAGGACAUUCAAGCGGCAGGUGGGAUUAUAACUCUGGAGGACCUCCAAAGCUAUCGUCCUGAACUGACAGAGAAUCCUCCACAAAUCAAUAUCGGAGAAUAUAAAUUGCGCGUCCCAGGCGCCCCCUCCGGUGGUCCUGUACUUGGGCUCAUCCUAAACAUACUGGAUGGAUAUAACUUCUCCAAAGACAGCGUGUCGACCACAGAGAAGAAGACCCUCUCAUACCAUCGGAUCCUGGAAGCUUUCUGGUUUGCAUACGCCAAGCGAAGCAUGCUGGGAGACCCGCGCUACGUCAACAUCACAGGUCUCUUACACAAUAUGACCUCUGAUUAUUUUGCUGAUGAUAUAAGGAGUAAAAUCUCAGACAACAUGACCCACCCUGUCCAGUAUUACGGUCCAGUUUUCUACAUUCCUGAUGACCAUGGGACCUCACACCUCUCCAUAGUAGCUGAAGAUGGGAGUGCAGUGGCAGCUACGAGCACCAUCAACCGAUACUUUGGGUCGCAUGUCCGCUCCCGAACGUCUGGUAUUCUAUUUAAUGACGAGAUGGAGGAGUUCAGUUCACGCUUCUUUGAAAACAAUAAUGGGAUGCCUCCUGCACCCAACAACUUCAUCCAGCCGGGUAAAAGACCCCUGUCCUCCAUGUGUCCGUCCAUUGUGUUUGACAAAAACAACAAAGUCAAGAUGGUAGUGGGUGCUUCUGGGGGAACAAGAAUCAUCCCGGCAACAGCACUGGUAAUAUUGAAUGCACUGUUUUUUGACUACGAUGUGAAUAAGGCUGUAACAGAACCCCGAAUGUACAUCAAGUUCCUGCCCAAAAUCGCAGAGGUGGAAAAGGACAUGGACAAGAAUAUAAUUGAAGAGCUUAACCUUAAGAAGCACCAGAUAAACGAGACUACCCUUGAUUCGGUGGUGCAAGCCAUCGUGCGACAGGGCAACAUACUGGACGCAGAGUCGGACUACAGGAAGGGGGGAAAACCUGCAGGCUUCUGAAGACCCUCUCACUGGCUCAGCUGCAGAACGAUAGGUUGCGGAUGCAACCCCGGUUCCCUGAAAGAGAAAAUAACCAUCAAGGAUGGGAUAUUGCCCCCAGGCGGCAGGAUUUAGUUGAGCUUAUGU